GACUUCACGUGACCAACUCUUGAUCAAUCAGAGUGCAGGAACCGUUGCGUGACGUAGGCAGGACGAAAUUUGAACGUCUUUCUCGAGCUGCCGUUGUAAAGUGAGGAAAUAAGGCGGACACCGGAUUUACAUGAGGACAUUUAACGAAUAACACGGUUAAAAACACGGUUAUCAUCUAAAAAUGAAGUUUAAUCGCAACAGAACGAGAAUAUAAACCGUUAGAGAUGUUUGAUGAUUUGAGUCGGGCGAUUUUUAUUUAAACGUGUGAGGCGGAACUGUGAGGAGAAUAAACGGACGGACAGACCGCUUGGCUUUGUGUAUUUAACACACAUUCCGCUUUUAUAUUUGACCUUUAAUGCUAUAUUACUCAGUUUUACUUGUAUAUUAAGGUGAUUUUUAAAAGUUUUACGGGUCACGAUGAAAGUUUUAGAGAGGAAUGUUGUUCGUCUGGCUGUAGUUCAGCAUCUUCGGUCGGUUUAUGGAAUAAAAAUCAAGAACUGGAACAAAAACAGAAACAAACAGACUUCAGCAAACUCGGUGAGAGUUUUUGGUGUCGCACUUGAAAGUCUGCCACUCUGUCAUGUGUUAGACUAUGGAGACGUGCCCUGCUUUAUUGUUGAUGUUUGUACGAGUCUUAUGGAGCAUUUGGACACAGAGGGUCUCUUUAGGAAAUCUGGUUCUGUCGUUCGGGUCAAGAGCCUCAGGGGCAAACUGGACCAGGGUGAGGACUGUCUGUCCACUGCCGUCCCUCUAGACGUCGCUGGACUUUUAAAGCAGUUCUUCAGGGAGCUGCCAGAGCCGAUUCUCACCGCAGACCUGCAGGGUGCUUUUGUGAAGAUCCAGGAGCUGACCACAGAAGAAGAGAGGACCUCAGCUACAAUUCUGCUGACCUGCGUGCUGCCAGACAGAAAUUUAAACACACUGCGCUAUUUCUUCAGUUUCCUCGAGAGCGUCUCUCUGCGAUGUGCUCAGAAUAAGAUGGACAGCAAUAAUCUGUCUGUGAUAUUCGCUCCGAACCUUUUUCACUGUGGAGACGGAGUAGAGAAGAUGAGCAGCAGUACAGAGAAGAAACUCAAACAUCAGGCUGCAGCUGUGCAGUGUCUUAUUGACAACGCUACAUCUCUGGGUGUGGUUCCUCAGUUUCUCAUGGAGAAGGUUCCAGCAAUGUUGGGCUGUGAUCCUGGCAUGUUCUCGCCCUUUUCUGUGCCUGUAGAGGAGAACAACAGUCACUUGGACGUGAAGAAAAGCAACAGACGCAGUUUAGGAGACGUUGUAAAUGGAGCUCUGAAUAAGUUUAAAACUAGCAGAACUCCAACAAAUACCCCACAGUCUGACCGAGCAGUUUUCUCUGCCGCCACUCCUGUCAUUAUGACUCCGAACUCGAAGCGUAAGCUGCCUCAAGAGUCACAAACUCACAGCUUCUCCAACAAGAAACGCAGGUCUAUCAAGAAGAACCUCGGUCUGGAGCUGUUUCCUAAUGCUCUGUUUGGAGGAACAUCUACACCUGGAUCAGCUCACAGUGCGUCAGGAGUAUUGGACUCGUCACACGGCGCUUUACUCUCUUCAGUGGGCAGAAGCACUCGUUCAUCCAGGAGGAAGAGUAACAGACUGCGCGGUCGAAGUGUGAGCAGAGUUGAAUCAGGAAAGACGGGCUGUUUCUCCCCUAGAUGUGCUAAAAAAGAGCCCACGCGGAAGUCCCUGCGUCAGCGCUUCAGUCUGGGCAAAUCCAGCCGAGAACCUACCAUGAUUACACAUUCACAACUGGGGCCAAAGGGGUCAGAGGUCAUAGGUUGGCGUCUAGCGACACAAGAGAGCUCUUCGGGUUUUCACUUCACCAAAGAGUCUGCGUUUAGUCCGGCUGUUUUGAACGAGAGUCCUUCAAAAGGCUCCAAGUUAAUGAGUAAGUCUGAGUUUAACCUGCUGAGUCCACCGUGUGAUUCUGUAGAUCACAGGAGUUUAUGGAGCGGACAGACACCGGAUGUGGCCUUCAGCUUCCCAUCAUAUUCAUUCUCUGAUACACCUGUGAGCCAAUUCAGCUCUGAACCAUCCAUCACUGUGAGCAAACCUCAGACAGUCCUUCAUCUACCCAAGAACAUCUGCAGCGAUUCAUUCAGUGAUCCGACUCUACUGACACCAGCUGCACGUGAAGAUCCACAACAUGAUCUCGCUCCAAACUCACUGCCCUCAGAAGGAAAAUUCAUAGAAAGUCGUCCUGUAUUUGACUCUGGUAAAAACACGGUAAAAGAUGAUGAUGUGACAUUUGGGGAGUUUGUUCCUUUGUCACCUCUACAUAUAGACAGCACAAUGUUUGAGACUGAACCCGCCCGUGACGGGUCACUGUGUUUUGAAGAUGAAAGCCAGCGUUACUUAAAUGAGUCGACUGUGCGUUCUAAAGACUGCAGUCAACUGAUUAAUGCUCUGGACAUCCAAAGUCCUGUGGCCUUCAGACCUGACACAUCCAUCAGGGUUCAGUCCACCCCAUACACAUCUAGAACCCAAAAGAAGGUGGAAACGCCCCCCUUAAACCAGCUGAAGGCGUCUGACGGGCCGCACACAGAGAAGCUCACACAAAACUCUGCCGCUUCGGUCCAAAGCGGCCGAAUGAAAGUCGCCGACCAGAUUAAACUUUUCAACAUGAUGACGCUGAAUUCACCCAAAGACAAAGUGAUCCGAUCUCCUCUGAAGUUCCAGCGGACGCCCGUCCGGCAGUCUGUGAGAAGGUUCAACUCUCAGCUUGGAACGACGGGCUCGUGUGCGGUCCGUUCUGUUACGAAGGCCGUGAGUUUCGAGAGCGGUUUGUGCGUUGCGACGAGGCGACAGACUGCGACCGUAGACGACUCUCAUCAGCAGCCUACAUUCACAAAACCCAAACCUCUAAAGAAAGCAGCGGUCACACGUAACACAGCAUUAGACAACAUCACUAAUAAAGCACCAAAGAGUGACACUAAAAAUACAGCAACGAAAUGUCCUAAAUCUGCCUGUUUUCAUGUGGAUAAAAGUGAAAUGAAUCAUUAUAGAGGUUCACCCAGAAACCCCCUGACGGAGACCAAACUUCUGUCAGCCAUGAAGCCCAUUGACCUGUAAAACACAACUCAGUCAACUUAAUUUAUUCUGCUGGAGUGAAUGCUGAUUGUUUUAAAGGUGAAUGAGAUCUUUUUUUUAUUAUUUUGUAAUGUUAGAACAUCUUUUAAAAACUUGUUUUCUUUUAGUUUGAUGGUUUGUUUUAGAUGAUUGACUGAUGCUGGAGUGAUGUUCAUGACUUUAUUUAGAGUAAAAAUGGAUGUUUGUCAAUUAGAUUAGAAAAAAAUUCAACAAAAGGUUUUGUUAUUUGACCUUUUUUAUUUAUAUUUUAUGCAAACGUUUUAUUUUGUUGUUAAAAGUCUUAAAAACACCCUUCUCAUGGUACAGCAAGAAAAAUGUAUGAAUAUGUCAAGCAGUAUUAUAAACUUCUGUGCUGUCAGUAAUUUACUCUUGUUGCCUUAUUAUUUACUUUUGGACAUAAAGUUGUCAAACUGUUCAA